AUGUCAGGCAUCCACGAUUCCAGCUUCCGAACGAAUUUCGAGCUCCGAGUAUCGACACCCUCGACGAAUCUCAUCCAACUCCAAUUGCCUCCACCCCAUCGAACCAAUUCACCUCCGAAGGCUCGCAAACCUCUUAAUCCCGCCAAAAUGGUUCAGAUGUACACUAUCGCCGGUCGCCAGGUCGGCUCCCACUACCUGGCCAUGGGCGUUCUCGCGACCAUCUUCGGCGGCGCUUACAUCGGCACCAGCGGCAGCAAGCCCAAGGCCACCGCCGCCCCUCCCAUCAACGCUUCCAGUUCCGACGAGGCCGACUUCAUCAAUUCUUGGACAGUGCGGACAAGGACGAGAAGGCGAAACACUAGACGGGCGAUUUUCGGGCGAGCCAUUGGUCCACUGCGACCUAGUGUAUUCAUAGAGGGUUUGGUUGACGGGAAUGAAGACAUUUUCUGACCAGCGAAACAAGACGACGAAAUAUACCGCCAAGGUGAAUGG